UACCUGUCCAGGUAGCUCGCAUUUCCCGGCGAGCGGCGGCGCCCGCAGCACCUGUCUCCCGGUGCGUGGGCGGGGAGGACGGCGCGGGGCCAUGGCCUGGUAGAGGCCCCUGGGGAGACGGUGAGGAGUCCAGUCCGGAGCAGGGCAGGAGGCGGAGGGACGGUCCUCCCCGGCGCCUGCUCGGCCGGCGGCAGCAUGAAAAAGAACCCGACGGUGCAGGGCACCUUCAGCAAACUCUUCGGCAAGAAGCACGCCAACCCUCCCGCCACCUCCCUCUACGCCACCAACCCCCCCUGGAUUUUCACCCAGGAGGCCCCGGAGGAGGGGACCCGGGACUUCGAUGGGAUCUAUUUUGGAGACAACCGAGUUGACACAGGUAGUGAGUCGGGAACCGCCACACUGAAAGCUCGGCCAAGAGUCCGGCCCCUGCUGACCUUUCUUCCACUGGAUGCCCAGGAGAACCAUGGACUGGCUGUGCCCACCCCCUCUGUCCCAGACAACUUUGCAGACCAACAAAUGACAGGCACCAGCAAGCUUAUCAAUGGCAACCUCCGAUUAUACAGCUCUGUGGGGGACCUGAGGCCUGGGCAGUAUGGCCAAGACUUGCUCAUCCCCCCGCCACCCCCGGGCCCAGCCCCGGCACCACCCUCAGACGCUCCGCAGCCUCAAGAGGAGCCCUCACCACCACCUCCACCUUCCACGGCUCCCCCGCCUCCCCCGCUGCUGCUGGAACCCCCGUCCCCGCCCAGCAUGGCUCCACCUCUGCCCCCAGUAAUGGGGGCCCUAUCCACCGCACCCUGCCUUCCCUCCCCCUCCACACCCACCCCUCCGGACUUCAUUCCCCCUGCGCCCCCCCUACCCCUUUUGCCAGCCCCGGCUCCCCCAGCUCCAGUGUCUCCUCGUACACCGGGGACUCACCCCUUCCCCGCUGCGGGUGUCACCAAGUGGAAAUCAGAGGUAGCGCUGAGUGACAGGCAGCCAGAGGUCCCCAGAGGCAGCCCCUCCGGGAGCCCUGCUGAGCCCAAGGGGAGCCUCCUGGGACCGGAGACCCACCUCACCUUCCCCAGCUCGCUCAAGGUGCCUCCCCCAACCCCAGUCAGGACUUCAUCCAUCUCCUCUCAGGAAGCACAAGGGGCUCUUCCUGAGGAAAGAGAGGCCACCAAGAAGGCCCCCAGUCGACUCCCACUGCCUCCCAGCUUUCACAUCCGCCCCGCGUCCCAGGUCUACCCCGACAGGGCCACUGAACCAGACCAUCCUGAGGAGCCCAGGGCUACGGCACCAGCCAGUCCGAGGCCGGGCCAGUCCCAGGCCUGGACAAGUGAACAAGCCGAGACUCCACCUGCAGCCUCUCCCCUGCCCCCUCCUCCACUCCCACCCCCUCCCCCGGCCCCCCCCCUGCCCCCAGCUGCCCCUCCUUUGCCAUCUGCUGAGAAGGCAGCCCCUCCCCUGGCUGGGGUUAUGAAAAGACCCAAGUCCAGCUCUCCUGCUCCCAAACCCAAACUUGACCCCCCCAGCCCAGAGGACACAGCCUCUUCAGAGUCCGUGGACUGGUGGGAUCCCAGCCAGAUGGCAAAGCUGCGGAACGAGCUGUCAGCCUAUCUCUGUGGCUCCAGGAGACAGGACCGGUUUGCCAGUCACAGACCAGGCCCAACUGCAUCCUCUCAGGGAAAGGAGAGCCAGAAGGGCCCCAGCCUGCCAGAGAAGGAGGCGCCCCCAAGUGUUCCUGAGGAGAGUCCUUGCAGCCAGCCAGAGAGGAAGGCUGCCACCAGCCUGACCCUCCCUCCUUUGGACUACAUCCCCCAAGACUCGCCAACUCCUAGCAUCCGGCAGAUCCGGAAUAAGUUGGAGGCCCAGCUUUCCUCGUCAGCAGAGAAGGAAGCCAAGCCCAGCAGAGGGUCUCUGCCUCCCAAACCUCAGCUAGAAGGGGUAAGAAUCUUUGAAAACAGGGCUGAUAACGGCAAAUUCUCCAAGCCCGCGGCCAAGAAUCUGCCACCUCUAUCCACCACCCCUCUGCCAACCACACCACUCCAGUCCAAGGCCACGCCUGGACCAGCCAUACCACCCGGGGCCACACCUGAGCCAGCUACACCUGGACCACCAGCCACACCUGGACCAGCCACACCACCCAAGGCCACACCUGAGCCAGCCACACCUGGACCAGCCACACCACCCAAGGCCACACCUGAGCCAGCCACACCUGGACCAGCCACACCACUCAAGGCCACACCUCUGCCCACCACAUCAUCCCGACUGAUAGCAGAGAAGAACCUAGUCCCAGCUGGGCAGCGGGAGAAGCCAGAACCUCAAGAAGUUGCAGUGCCCUCCAAGCCAGAGGCAGGAGGGCGCUCCUCAGAGACCAGUAAGCCUACACAGGGAGCCCUCUCAUCUCCAGCCCUCCCCGCAAAGAUAUCCCCUGGCCGAGAAGAGGUGCCAUUUCUCUAUAAGCCCCAUCGCAGCCAGAACAUCCCCAGCAGAGAUCUGGCCGUGGUGACGCCCAUCCUGUCCAGAGGAGAGGCUGUAGGGUCAUGGGAGCCUGUGGAGGUGAAGGAGCCCCGGAAGCUGCCAGCCAACCCCCCUGCCUCAGCCCAGCCUGCUGAGGAACUCCUCAGGCAUCCAGUGACAGGGCAGGUGGUGGAGCAGGGCUCCCCGAUGGCUCUGCUCCUUGCAGCCAGGCAGAGGGCACAGAAGGGGAGGUCCAGAGGGGCUGCCCUGGGCCAGUCCUCCCUGCCAGGGAGUCUCUGUGGCCACAGCCAGCCCGGGGCAGGCUCUGACACCAUCUUCUACAACGACGGCCAGCCCAACUCCUUCACAGUGGUCCCCAAGGUACCCAAGGAGACUGAGAAGGACCCCCAGCUAACCUUGCCAGGACAGCCCAAGGUACCCAGUCAGUGGAAGCCCCAGCCCCGCAGAGACCCAGAGGGCACGGAGCCCAGCCGCGGGUACAGCUGGACAAAGACGGAGCCGCAGGCCCCCGUGGCUUGGGAAAGACCAGUGCCCUCCAGCCUCCCCCAGGGCCGCCUGCUGCCCAAGUCCUCCUCUUCCCCUCCUUCUCCUUCCCACAAGAGGGAGGAGGAGUUCAACCUUGAGGUCAUCCCACCGCCACCAGAAUUCAGCAAUUACCCUGAGCCCCCGCCCCGCGCCCUGCAGUAUCUGGGGCGCCGGAGCUCCCCUCACCAGAACAACUUCUCAGACUUGGGGCAGCUCGCGGACGCGGGCCCCGCUCACGGCUCCUCGCGCUUUUCCGCCAGUGCGGGCCCCGCCGGGGCCGCCAGAGGCCUGGACCGUUUCUCGGGCGGGGCCCGUUCGCUUAUCAAGAAGCGCAUGUACGUCGUCGAGGAGACCCACCGCAGCCCCAGGCUGCCCCGGGGCGGCACUGGCCGCAGCCCGACCUCCCCUAGCUGCUUCGGGCCACAUCCCAGAGGACCUUUCGCAGCGCCCGGAGGCCUGGAGAUGCGGCGCGUCAGCUCGACGGGCCGCGCGCCCCUCGCCGGCCUGCACGCGUGGAAUAUGCCCCUGGAGGGCGGCCUCCGCGGAGAGGCCAAGUACAAAGCGCCCGGCGGCGGCAGCGGCGGCAACUGCGGCAACUGCGGCUGCGCCCCAGCUACCCGCAGGUCUCCCCACAGCAACCCCCACUAUGGAAGCUCCAUCAACACAUUCACCGUGAGGCCUGGGACCCACCAUCCCAUCUCCUAUGCCUACUCGGGGGCCCAUCGGAAGGCCCCAUCCUGAGCCCAGGGUUUUCUCAGUUCCUCUCCAAGGGGUCGGAUCCAGGCACUUGUUUUUGUGGGGGUGGGAGGGACGCAGCAGGUGUUAAGUAGCCUCACUGAGACACAGAGGAGUCUGUUUCCCAAAGACAGACAGGGGGACAAUGAGUGAAGCAGUGGGCCCAGUAAGACUGAACUUCUGUUUCCCAAAGCACUGGUGUGGCUGUGGACUGUCUGCAGAUGGGGGUGGGAGGGGGAAGGA